AAAGUUGUUGUAGUAACAAGAGUGCUGCUGAAAUGGUUGAGUAAUUUAGUGAUUUAGUGACAUAACUGGACGCAAUGACAACAGUUCAGGCUGGGGUUCAACCUCCCGCCGUGAAUGGGAUAGGGAUACAGCAGUCACAACCUACUGGGGCGCUGGAAAAGCCGAAAUCGGAAAAAAAAACUGAUCCAAUUCCGGGUCCCCAGCACAAGACUACUUGCUUUCGUCCUUACACUUUACACACUAUGGAGAGGAGGCAAUACCAACGGGAUUCUAAGGCUAGGAGGGAUCUGGUGAGGGUGAAAUACUGCCCACCCCGGUGCCAGUCGAGGAGUAACAUCACUGUGGAUUCAUCAAAGGCUAAGUCUAAUUUGGAUGUCCUGAGGUUGAGCUUGAAGGAGUUGGGAUGGAGAGAGUACCCAUAUGGUCGUAAGGAUUCACCCUGUGAUGUGUAUUGGCUCAGUGUGAGUUUCAACGAGCUCAACUCUGACAUUGCCUCAGGAAGAGUCAACAAAUAUCCUGGUAUGGUGGACGUCUUGAAAAAGGCCAACCUUACACGGGCAUUAGAUUUGAUGAAACGGCUGUAUCCAGAGGAGUACGACUUUUAUCCACAAACAUGGUACAUGCCGCAACAACUCAAUGAAUUUGCUGCAGAUGUCCGACAAUUUCAAAGCAAAAACCCAAAAUCAAAAAUGACAUUUAUCGCAAAACCUGACGAGGGCUCACAAGGAGAAGGAAUCUACUUAUUUCGUGACCCGGACGAAUAUAUGUUGUCCCAAAGGCGAAUGGUUGUUCAGGAAUACCUCAGUAAACCGUUCUUAUUGGACAAGCUUAAAUUUGACUUGCGGGUUUAUGCCGUUUUAACGAGUAUUGAACCUCUGGAGAUUUGUAUCUGUAAAGAGGGACUGGUACGAUUUUGCACUAUCUCAUAUCACGAACCUUCGUAUAAAAAUAUGCAUGAAUCGUACAUGCACCUGACGAACUACUCACUGAAUAAGCGGAGCAGUACAUACGUACACACAGACAACAGUAACGAUGGCAGUAAACGGACACUAACAAGCGUUUUUACAGAAAUCGGCCGAUUGGGUCACAAUGUGGAUCAAGUUUUCAAGGAUAUUGAGCGAGUUAUUGUAAAGACUUUGAUUGCCGUUCUGCCGGAGCUACGGGUUGAAAUGAAUGCUGAAAUUCAGCGUCGGAAGGCAACGGAUCUGAAAUGCUUUCAAAUUCUUGGUUUCGACAUCCUUCUAUUGGACGACCUCAAACCCGUCCUCCUCGAGGUCAACGCGAACCCAAGUCUUCGCAUCGACUACGAGCAUGAAGUCUCACCUGGGGUGACAGAAUACUACAAUAGCGCCGUUGAUGAGGAGAUUAAGCAACCACUAAUACGGGACACACUGCUGGUCAUCGCGCCGAGAAAUGUAAAGAGAAAAUUCAAGAAAAUCAAAAGAUGGAGAAAAGCACGACAGAAUCGCCGAUACGGUUCUGUGCCUCCUCGACUCACUUCAAGGGAAGGAACGAUGAUCGAAAUCAAUCAUGAUGACCUUGAAAACAUGAUGACCUUGGAGAAAGAAAAUAUCAAAAAGGAGAAAAACACUGUCGAUAAUGUGAUGGAGGAGACAAAAGUCGAGGAUACAGAUGACAAAAUUGACAAUAAAAAACACAAAAAUGACAAGAAGAAGGACAAGGAAAAGGAGAAAGUUGACAAGAAAAAAGGAAAAGAAAAAAAAGAAGAAAAAGUUGACAAUGAGAGUAAUGAUAAUGAAACGCCGCGGCCGCGUACGGUUGAUGGGAAUAACAAUCCUGAAGAGGAAGAUGAAGAUGAAGAACCUUCGUCGAUCGAACAGAUUUAUCCGCAAAAAUACUCAGAGUAUGAAGAGAUGAGGAUUUAUGACCGGGUGGCGAAUAUUUUUCUGCAGUCGGUCGGUGUUCGGGGUUCGCUCAGGAUGGGAGGAUCAGGAUUCAGGGUGUUCACAAGACGGUGCAAGCUAACAAAUACAGGGUUUAGUACGGCUGACAUGGAUCUCAUCUUUAUUGAGAUGACACGCAAAUGGGAGCACUGCAAUCCAGAUAGAACUGCCGUUCGCAAACACAGAGUAGGACUUCAACCGAUCAGUUUAGAAACAAGUGCUGGUCUUUGCUUUCUCGGUUUCAUUGAAGCAUUCUACCACAUUGGUAGACGGAAAUUCUACUGUAGGAACCGCAUCGAAAUGCUAGAGAACCUUCUUCAAUACUGCGAACAGAGCAUCGCCGAAGCUCAACAAGAACCAAUGUCUGGUCUUCCGAAACUGCCGAAAAUAAGUGGAGAUGAGCGUUAUAUCAACCAGAUGAAAAAGAUAUAUACAACAAAUAGGCGUGUUGUGAGAAAGGGCGAGUUUUUCUACGAUUUCAGAGGAAGUAGUAAGAGCAAUCCUUACAAGAAAGAUGCUUAGGUUGUUUACUGAUUCAAGUAAUGGUUCAUUUCAUUCAACGGUGCAUUCUUACUUUCAAGCCAGUUGUUUCUAUUGAAAGGUGUUUUUUUGGAAUCUAGUGAAGACUGCUGAUUUAAACCUCUUCUGAAACCAAUUACUCAGAUGGAAGAUCUGCGCUUUGCGACUCCUUUUGCUAGCACGGGUCACAUGUUAUCUGCGAUGGAGUGGGUAAUGAUGAUAUCAUGUCGACCGUCAAAACAGCUGAAAUCUCAGAGACUUCAGCUUUUUUCAAAACUGUGUUUUUUCAAAAUUGUAUUGCAAAUAGGGAAUGGGUUGGGAUAUGUACUUUCUAACUGUGAUUCUGGUCUAACUGUGAUUUUGGUAAGUUGUGACACUUCUAUUCUAGUAAUUAAGUAUCAUUAUCGAGGCUAACAAUGUUCACAUUCUACUUUUGAACAUUCCUAAGUUAUUCCUAUUGUAGACAGCAUUAUUCAUUUUGCAGAUGCAGUAUUUCUUUGGAAGCAAAGGUUCCAACUCUAUUGACCAAUUAUGUUUAAAUUAUUCCACUGUUGUUUAGUCUCGUUAAGCUUUUCGAUGGCCAAGCCAUUAUUUUGUUGCUCUUCCAGACUCAGUGCAUAAUAUUAUACUCUGGUGUCAUAUUGACUCUGUUCACAACUUUAUACUCACUUUAUCCAGCUAUUGCAUUGCUUUUUUAGCUCACCUCUUAGCAGAGGUGAGCUUAUCCCAUACCGUGGCGUCCGUCGUCCGUCGUCGUCGUCGUCGUCGUCGUCGUCGUCGUCGUCGUCGUCGUCGUCGUCGUCGUCGUCGUCGUCGUCGUCGUCCGUCGUCGUCCGUCGUCCGUUAGCAGGGCACGUUUCGUAACUGUUAGAGCUAUUGAGUUGAAACUUGGUACACAUGUACCCUUAUGUAAUGACACCUUGGAGACC